AUGAGAUCAUUACUGCCUCAAGGUGAGGGUGAGCGCGGGGGCGAGCGGCGUCGCGGCGCGGGCGUAGCGGUGUCGCGCGGCAUGCGGCGUCGCCCGCUUCUGCCGCUGCUGCUGCUAGCGCUGUUGCGCGCGCACGGCCUGCUCGCCGCGUCCGGAGACUUGGAUUUGUCCAGUCACGCUCUAAUAUAUCCACCCGUCAGACAGAAGUGGCGUGGACUAAGGACGGUACGCGAU